AUGCCACGGUCAUCAUUUCUUUCCUUUAGGACCUACUCAACCCGCAGGCAAUCACGGGCAGAUACGCCUACCGAUACUUCCCAUAUCAUCCCAUGGCUAGCUAGUCCUCUCGAUCAGAAUACUGUCAGAUCCUCACGUUUACGCCAGCGCGCCGAUGCCAGCCCUAUCGAAUUGUUCUACGAUGUGUUCUUAGUCGCCAAUCUGGCCACUUUCUCUGCCACACAUGAAAUCAACAAUAUCAAAGCGGUGUGGUCAUAUGUCGGGUUCGUGGGUAUCAUUUGGUUCACAUGGCUCCAGGUUACCCUUUUCGAUAUGCGAUUUUCUCGUGACUCAAUCUUCGAGCGUACCUGCAAGGUCGUCCAAUUGUCCGCUAUGAUUGGGUUUGCGUCGGCUGGAUCACGGUUCUCGUCGCAAAUCAAAGAUGAGAAUGUCUGGGCUUUCAAGUCUCUAUCUAUAUUGCUUUUCGGAAGCCGCUUUAUGCUUGCAUUGCAGUAUGCAAUUAAUCUCUGGUUCAUUCAUGAGGAACUGCGUAGCGCAGUGAGAGGCAUGUUUGUCAUAAUUGGUGUGCAUAUCCUCACCGGAAUUUCAUACCUGAUAAUGUUCUUGACGUUCAAGCCGAGCGAGCCUCAUAUCUGGAUGGUCUGGUUCGGUCUCUUUGUGUUUGAGUCAGUGGUAGUAAUUACCAUCUCAAACUAUACACCAGGCAUCGGACUUGACGACUCUCACCUAACAACCCGUAUGGGACUAUUAACCUUGAUCAUCAUCGGGGAACAUGUGAUUUCUGUAACCAGAAUUGUAAACAAGAUGGUCGCUGCCGGAGGUUGGACAUUUGCAUCACUAUUGCAUGUUAUGGGCGUCGUAACGACCGUGUAUCUUCUUUGGCAUUCAUACUACGAUAUCUCUCCACGUCAAUCUUAUGGAAAGAUCAAGCAAGAGAUCUGGAUUCACUUGCACUUUCCAUUCCACAUGUGCAUAAUCCUUUCUUCUGAGGCGUGUCAAAUCCUGGCACUAGCAUUAGAUAUCUCACUAAAGCUGCGAUACUUGCUGGAAACUACCAAUUUUGCAUGCGAAGAACCACGGCCAGCUAUAAGUGCUGCGCUCAAUCUGCUCAACCGCACGAUUACAGAUAUGGAAAUCGACUAUACUAGGGCGCCUCAUGAGGAAGCAGCUAUACACAACGUGCUUGGAACGUUAUGGAACCAAACGAGUAUCUGUCCGAGUGUCAAUACUACUGGAGCCAAGGCGUAUGGCAUUAAAGAAGAGCAAGGUCGAUUCCUUACUGGAAAUGUGACAGUUGCCCUUUUCUCAAGUAUGGGUAUUACGCUUGAAGAUCCAGAUUCUACCAGCUCUGAGGGCAUACAGUAUUUGAAAUUGUACCUAGGACUCUUGGCCUUUGUGUACGCUUACUACUUUAUUACCGUUGGGUUGGCAAUGUGGCACUUUGCCAUCUUUGCAACAUUGACGGGCCGGCAUCCCAAUCUCUGGUUCAAUGCAAUUGCCGUGGGCUUCCGACUUGUUUGCGUUGCCAUACUCAUAUCUCAGAUUGCCUUUGCGAAAAACUUCGACUUGACGUAUAAAUAUAUGACACAUCCAAUAAUCCUAUACACAUUUUCACUGACAAUGCUGUCUGUUCUACUCGUCGAUCGCCUGCUAGACAUAGUGGCAGCUUCAGGGGGGUUGAAGGGCGAUGUCAGUCGACAGAGCAGCACGCGCAGUACUGUACCGAUGCUAUCGCACGAUGAGGAAGCCAACAAACAGCCACACGAAAUGGAUGAACAAGCCUCGAAUUGGAGCUACGAGAGAGAGAGACAUCUUAUGAACAUCCGAGGAUAG